AAGACAGUUGGGGUGUGGAGGUGGAGGUAAACACUACUCCCAGCAACAUUUGACGGACUGUUGGGAGAAUGUCUCGGUUUAAAAAAGCGGGUCAGGUGGACUCUCUGGCGGGCUUCAGGACGGAGAAGAAGGAGCCGACCGUCCCUCACGGUCUGCUGAAGGCAGCCAGGAAGAGCGGCCAGCUCAACCUGUCCGGCCGAGGGCUAACAGAAGUCCCUCAGAACGUUUAUCGUCUGAACGUCGACACACCAGAGGAAGCACAGCAGGAUGUGUCCUUCGGAGCAUCAGAUCGCUGGUGGGAACAGACUGACCUCACCAAACUGCUGCUCUCUUCCAAUCAGCUCACACAACUGUCUGAUGACAUCAGACUGCUGCCUGCACUCACUACACUGGAUCUCCACGACAACCAGCUGAGCAGUGUACCCAGUGCUUUGGGAGAACUGCAGGAGCUCCAGCAACUGCGACUCAGUCAUAACCAGCUGACAUCACUGCCAGCGGAGGUGUGUACUCUAAAGAACCUCUGUAGUCUCACUCUCCAGAAGAAUCUGCUGGAAAGCCUGCCAGAGGAACUGGGACAACUGGAGAACCUGACCCAGCUGGACCUGUCCAACAACCAUCUGAAGGGCCUGCCCUCCAGCCUGGGAAGUCUCACCUGUCUGCAGACACUGAACCUGUCUCACAACAAGCUCAGCUGUCUGCCUGACAGCGUGGCCCAGCUCACAAGUGUUAAGCUGUUGGACUGCAGCAACAACCAGCUGACUGACAUUCCCGCCAGCAUAUCAGAGAUGAUCGCUCUGGAGCAGCUCUACCUUAGACACAACAAGCUCCGCCUCCUCCCAAAGCUCCCUGCACCGGCGCUCAAGGACGUGUAUGUCGGGAACAACCAGAUUGAACAAUUGGAUGCGGAGAACCUGGCCUGCCUGACAGCCAUUUCUUUUCUAGAACUUCGAGACAACAAGAUCCAAACCCUCCCUGAACAGAUCACCUUACUGAGCACGCUCACACGCCUCGACCUGACCAACAAUGAUAUUGGCACUCUUCCAGCAUCUCUCAGCCUGCUGCCCAAUCUGAAGGUGUUACUGUUAGAGGGAAACCCUCUGAGAGGAAUCAGGAGAGACCUGCUCACUAAAGGAACCAAUGAGCUUCUGAAAUAUUUAAGAGGAAGAAUUAAAGAGGAGCCUGAGAAAGCAGAUGAUGGACAGACAGCCAUGACGUUACCCAGCCAAGCCAGGGUCAAUGUACACAACAUUAAAACUCUCAAGUUAGUGGAAUACAGUGAGAAGCAGGCAGAUCAUAUUCCAGAUGAGCUGUUUGAUGCUGCAGCAGGUGAAAGUGUUACCACAGUUAACUUCAGCAAGAACCAGCUGACAUCCAUACCUCCCAGGCUGGUGGAGUUCCUCUCCUCACUCUCAGAUAUCAAUCUGGGUUUCAACAGACUGACCUGCUUUUCUCCUGAUGUCUGCAAGUUCCCGAAGCUGACACACAUCGACCUCAGGAAUAACCAGCUGAGUGAUUUACCAUCUGAUAUGAAGAACUUAACUAAAUUACGCUCUAUUAUCCUCAGUUGCAACAGGUUCAAGUCCUUCCCUGAAGUCCUCUAUGAGAUAGUUUCCUUGGAGACAGUGUUGCUUGGUAACAACCAGGUGGGCAAGGUGGACCCUCAUCGUCUGAUUAAGAUGGUUAAUCUGUCAACGCUGGAUCUGUCAAACAAUGACCUGCUGAACAUCCCCCCUGAACUGGGCCUGUGUACCACCCUCAGGUGUCUCAGUCUGGAUGGGAAUCCUUUCCGCACACCCAGAGCAGCCAUCGUGGCCAAAGGAACAGAUGCAGUGUUGGAGUACCUCCGCAGCCGCAUACCUACGUGACCCCUGACCUCAGCUCAGACAGCUCCAUCUCCACCCUCUCAGAUAUUUUCACCUUUUCUAUCAGUGUUGACACUUCAAUGCAUCAACCAACAGCCUUGUUGUUCUUUGUGAUACACAAAUCUACACUUCAAAUUCCACAAUCCGUGUGUAAAACAGGGAGGUCAUCACACUUUGCUCUUUGAGAGGCAAACCAGUUGCCAAAGUUUUCCUCUGAACUGGUUUGUGUCAGAUGGAUGCAAUUGAAUGUCUGAAUAAGAUGAAUAUUUCUGGACAAUCAUAUAUUCAAUCUGAUGCCUGCAUGUGUGACUGAAAAGAUGCCAAAGGCACUUCUCUUAAUAAAGUUAUUGCCAAGAA